CCUCGCUCAUAGGUAUUCGUGAUGCAGUGAUGUCUCUGUCUCAGUCUCACCUGCAGACAUGAGGUCGAUAUAAAAUCUCGCUUACGAUGACACCCCACAAAUAUUACAUGCCACCUGUACCCGGCCAGCGUAAUCGCGGGUUCACCAGCUUCAAAUCGAGCUCCUCCACAACCGCACCACCCAUGCCGAACCCAAACCAAUGCCUCCUCCAGGCCUCACGAAUGGCAAUCCAGCUCUCAAUUCCUCCGAGGAGGCUGCUGCCUCUCCCAACAUCUACGAAUCUUCCUCCUUAGCGUCUAUUCGCGCAUCCCUCUCCGCCCUCCAUACUCGCGAUGCAGCAAUCGCAUCGAGGCUUCAAGCCCUCAUAUCCUCCCAGGCCGAUCUCUCCCGCGAGCUGGGACGCUUAGAUCUACUACGCGCGCAUCUGGGAACACAGGUCAUACACACACGGGACAUCAGCAAUGGCAUGCUCGAUUCUGCUGCGGGAACUGCAUCCCACCUCUCCAGCAAGGUCAAGGAGCUUGAUCUUGAGAAGAAGCGUGUAGAAGAGACGCUGGGUGUUGUCGAACAAGUCGCCGAGCUGAAGGCAUGUGUGCAAGGGGUUGUGGGGUCUAUGGGCGCACCGCAGGACUGGGAAGCUGCUGCGGGGUAUAUUGCGCGGGCUUCCAAGAUCCCCAAUCAUAUUAUUGAGGGGAAAUUUGCCGCCAGGAUCGUACCAAGUGUUGAAGUUCCAGAUGCUCCAGGAAUAACGAUCGAAAACGCGAAAGAAUCGCUCUGCGGGCUGUUUCUGAGGGAGUUCGAGAAAGCCGCAGAGGAGGGCGAUGGCAGCAAAAUCACACGUUUCUUCAAAUUGUUCCCGUUGAUUGGGAGAGAGGAUACUGGACUCGAGGUCUAUGGGAGAUACGUGUGCCAGGGAGUUGCUGCCAGGGCAAGAGGGAGCUUGAGAGAAGGGACUAAGGGAAGCGCCGGCAAAGAUGGGUUCUUCUAUGCAAACGCGCUGACACGGCUAUUUGAACAUAUUGCGCAGAUCGUGGACGGUCAUGGAGGACUUGUGGAAAGGCAUUAUGGCCAAGGAAAGAUGGUCAAGGUUAUUGAGAGGCUACAAGUGGAGGCAGAUGUACAAGGUGGAAUCGUCUUGGAUAUGUGGGGGGAUGAGAGGAGUGUUGACAGGCGGUUGACGGAUGUAAAGAGCUACCCGUUCUCCUUCCUGGUUCACAGCUUCUUGCCAGCACAGAAGAAUAUGGGAAUAUCACGAACAAAUUCGCCUGCUGUUGGAGGCGGAACAAAUGGCAGAGUCAGUGAGGACGAGGGCGUGGAUAUGAAGGAAAUCGAUGGGCUGCUCAAUGAGACUGCGAUGAUGUUGGGCCGCUGGUCGAUGUACUCGCGAUUUUUAGCUGGCAAGUGUAGGGUGAGUGCGCCGAAAGCCGUCUUGUCGCAAGCCAUAUCUAAGAUCGAGCAGGACCCGGAUGAGAGUCCCGAAGAACCGCUGGCCACGCCAGAUCUGCUCACAAAGUCUGCCCUGAAUAAAAAGAUCACGGCUAGGCUUACCACUCCGUUCAAUACGAUGUCGACAUUUUUUUUCAGGCGAUCAGUGGAGAAAGCCUUCCAGUUAGACGAAUCUCCUGCCGGGCUGUCCCUGAACCCAUCGAAGCCACUUGAUGGUAAUGCGCCAUUCAUCAUUUCUGCUGUGGACGAUGUGAUGUAUAUUGUCAACACGGUUCUCCAGCGCUCACUCGCGACAUCUCUGCGGGAAGUCAUUGCUUCCGUAGUACCUACUAUCAGUCGAGUGCUAGGGUCAGAUUUUAUUGGCAUGAUCCAGAGAAAGAUGCGGGACGAGUCAUAUCCCAAGGCAGUGAUACAAGGGGGCUUCCCACCUGAGGACAAGAUUAUUGCUUUCAUAGUCCUCAUCAAUUCGCUCGAACUGGCAACAGAUUACCUCUCUCGCAUCGUCACAACACGGCUCUCCGCUGCCGAGUUACCAAAUGGCGGCAAAGGACCUAAUCCAAUAGACGAAAUGUUUCCCUUUGGUCAUGAUUCGACCUUUGUCAAGAACGCUCUUGAAAGUCUAAGUUCAAGCUUCGCAGCCAAGACCUCGGAGCUUGUUGCGGAUGGGUUGCAAGUGAUGUUCGAACGAGUGGUUAAACCUCGAUUAAGACCUGUCCUGUCAGACACUUUCCGAGACGUGGAUUAUUCUUUGACGGAAGAAGAGCUCGCUGAAAUUGCGAGGAAUAAUGAUACAGAUGACGAUCAAGAGAUGAUCAACGACCUAGUUGCCCGGAGGUUCGAGCACAGCUGGGAGGCGCUAAUGAAACCCAUCCAAAGAAUCAUGACCCCAAAAUCCUUCGCCGCCCUCCUAGACUCGACUGCGAAGUACCUGUCCAAGGUCCUCGAGAAACGGAUCUGGGGCUUUUCUGGGAAGAUCAAUGCCCUGGGUGCGCAGCGAAUGGAGCGAGACUUCUCAGGAAUUAUCAGCGCUGUGGCCAGAGGCGGUCGAUACGGUAUUCGCGACUCCUUCGCACGCGUCGCUCAGGUUUCGAUGCUUGUGAACAUGGAAGAAGAUGAAUGGGAAGCCAUUAACGAAGCCGAGGAAGAGGGCGAUGAGGAGAUGGCAUGGGUGCUGAGUGAAGAAGAAAGACGACGGGCGAGGAUGUUGGUGAGAGGGUAGAGAAAUGACCAACAUAUUCAUGCAUUAUCACCCAAGACAUGAUCAAUCAUUGUAUGAUUUGAGCGAAACGUCAACUAUUUUGCAUCUGUCUUCGUCUUUCAUGGCUGCAAGCUCCCUGGAUAAUGGGUUGCUAUUGAACGUCUCACCAACGUCACGAGCAUUACCACUCAAUUCAGUCAAACACUUCAUCUUCAUCUCUCUUCUCCCUCUUCAAACCCUACCCAUUAUUUCCCAUCCGCAACACCCAUCUCUCUCGAAACAUCUUCAGCCCUGAUAACUCUCGCAUACUGCCCCCUCAAGCUCUCCACUUGAACCUUACACACCGUCAAAACUCCCCUUUCACUUUGCCCACGCAGCAACUGCAUCCCCAACCACCUUCAAAUCCCCUUCCACAAGCCUUCUCACCUCAUCAAAAUGAUAUCCUAAGAUCACUCACUGACCUCACCGUGGAACCGAGACGCAAGUCUAUACUCAGACCUACAAAGUGGAUCUUCCAGAUCUGCUUCUCAUUCAGAUAUUUCUCUCACUCCCACCUGUUAGUUCCCGCAGUCGUUCCCGUCCACGGCGUGACGAAAGCCGAAUUAGUCGAUUUUCUGAAGACGGGUCUGUUGUCUACCGGGACGGAAGAAGAGUGAAAGUUCAUACUGGGCGAGGAAGGAUAGAGAGGUAAGAAGGGGUUAGUUGAGGAAUGAUAGAUGUUGAUUACAUGUGGUGGGUUUGAUGAGGUUUGCAGAGAGCGGAAGCACUUUAGGAUUUUGGCAAUGGCAUUUGUGUAGUUGGCGGUGCUGCAGGAAUGGACUCAGAAUGGAGAAUCUUGGGUACCGAUUUGGUUGUCUACUAUUAGAGGUACGGUGUGUGAGUGGUCGUCCACCACGGUGUUAGUGCCAGAGAGUAGACUUACUUGGUUUGGGCAGGCUUCGGGCCUGUUUAUUGGGUUUAAAGUUUGGGGAGGAUUUGUUGGACUAAGUUUCAUGUCGUGAUUUUGUGCGUGUCAUCGUUCGACUGUCAACAGUCGGUGAUACGCGCAUAAGGUAUCGGAUGGUAAUGUGAGAGGGGGAUUCUUCAUGUGAAUGAUAUUAGUGGUAGUGGUCACCACUGAUUCUCUGAUGAACACUCAUCUAUGGGAUUUUAACUUCACCGAUCAGCUCUAGAUUUGCGCUAUAGAAUUAAGAGAUGCAACGUGGCCCAUUCGCGACCACUGUACUGUAGUGUAGUGAAGCCACACACUAUGAAGGCCAGUGUACGGCAUUCUCCGUCCAACUGCGAGCACUUCCCCUAGGCGGUUUUCCUACAGACAACAACUGCAGUUUGUCUGUUUGUCCCUAUCUUCAGUAAUA